AUGUGGACGGAACAUAAACAAACCGAUAUCGAAAUAACCAAUACCAACAACGAAGAACUCUUAAAUGUUACUCAACUAUUAGCAAAUUCUUUUAAUAGUACAUUUGAAGAAAAUCUGAAACUCAAGAACCAAAAGAAAUUUAAUUUAUUUACUGAAGAAAUUAGGAAAAAAAUUGGAAAAAAAAUUGGUGGAAAUUGGGAACAAAUUGGGAAGAAAUUGGGAAGAAAUUGGGAAGAAAUUGGGAAGAAAUUGGGAAGAAAUUGGGAAGAAAUUGGGAAGAAAUUGGGAAGAAAUUGGGAAGAAAUUGGGAAGAAAUUGGGAAGAAAUUGGGAAGAAAUUGGGAAGAAAUUGGGAAGAAAUUGGGAAGAAAUUGGGAAGAAAUUGGGAAGAAAUUGGGAAGAAAUUGGGAAGAAAUUGGGAAGAAAUUGGGAAGAAAUUGGGAAGAAAUUGGGAAGAAAUUGGGAAGAAAUUGAGAAGAAAUUGGGAAGAAAUUGGGAAGAAAUUGGGAAGAAAUUGGGAAUAAAUUGGGAAGAAAUUGGGAAGAAAUUGGGAAGAAAUUGGGAAGAAAUUGGGAAGAAAUAG